AUGGCUGCAUUAAUCAAACUACGUCAAAUGCCGCUAAUCCAAAGAUGUGUUUGGAACCAUCUAAGUCAAACAAGCCGUGGAAUAUCCACUUCGAAAAAGAAUAGUGAUAGCGCUGCUACUGCUACUGCAUCUAAACCAGAAGACAAAAACUGGGUGAGCUAUGGGUUCGACUACAAGAGUAAAGAAGAAGACACAAACGCACAUAAUGCGUCCUUCUUUUUCUCCGUUACAUUGUGUUUGGUUUUCGGUGGAUUUGCUUGGGCCUACGCUCCUGAUACACAUUUAAGAGAUUGGGCUCAGCGAGAAGCAUUUUUAGAACUACGUCAUCGUGAAAAAGCUGGUCUUCCUCCUAUUGACCCUAACUUUAUUGACCCAAAGCAGAUAAAACUUCCCAAGGAAUCUGAUAUCUGUGAUGUUGAGAUCAUUAUUUAA